AUGCCCAACACACCAGCAAAGUUGAGAGCUCCCCCGCCCACCACCAAGGGCACCGCAACCUUGUGCAGCAUCCUGGACACCCUGCCCGCGGUGAACGCCACCUGCGCCCUCCUUUCCCUCCUCGCCGUUGUGAGCUACGAGCCAGGAGACCUGAGACCCCUGGGCUACUACCCUGAGGAGCACUUCACUGAGGCAGAGCCCAAGCGGCUUAUUGCAGCCUUCCAGGCACGUCUGGAGGAGAUCUCCAAGGAAAUCCAGCAGAGGAACAAGUCACUGCCCAUUAGCUACCCCUACCUGGACCCCGUGGAGGUUCAGAACAGCGUGUCCAUAUAA